GUCAUAAAUUAUUUAUAUCAAAUGGCAGGCGUUAUGAAUGGGGAAGGAAUGUCAAAUCUGCAUGACCCACUCACCGACAAGGGAGUCUGUCUACUGACUCUUCGAGACACCUGCUUCACUCAUGUUGUUGACGCUGCUAGUCUUGCUCUCAUUAUGCCCGUGCUGCAUCGGGCUUUCAAUGAUCGUUCUACUUUGAUUCGCAAAGCCGCUGCUCAAAUCUUUGGCACACUUUACAGCCUGGCUCGCCGCGAAGACUUGGAGCCGUAUAUUGAUGAAGUGUUGCCUGGUCUGAGGGCUUGUCUUCUGGAUCCUGUUCCGGAAGUGCGAUCGAUCACUGCUCGUGCCCUUGGAGCUAUGGUUAGGGGUAUUGGAGAAGCCUGCUCUAAGGACUUGCUACCAUGGUUGAUGAGGACUCUAACUUCAGACCAAUCAUCCGUGGAUCGAUCAGGUGCAGCACAAGGUCUUGCCGAAGUGCUUGGUGGUAUGGGAUUGGCCCGAUUGGAGUCCAUUUUGCCUGAAUUCAUUCACUCCGCUGAGAAUCUUUCCGUUCAACCUCAUGCUCGUGAUGGCUAUCUCAUGCUCUUCAUCUAUCUUCCUGAAGUCUUCCGCAGCGAUUUCUCUCCAUUCAUCACCAUGGUGCUUUCUCCUAUUCUCAAGGCAUUCGCCGAUGAGUGCGAAUACUUGCGAGAUACAGCUCUCAAAGCAGGUCAACGUAUUAUCGAUCUGUUUGCCGACCAGGCUGUGGAAAUUCUGCUGCCUGAACUGGAGAGUGGUCUGCUUUCUACGGAUUGGCGUAUUCGGUACCCUUCGCUGCAGCUUAUCAGUGAUUUAUUAUGCAAACUCUCUGGCAUCUCUGGCAAGGGAACAACUAAGACCAUGGAUGAAGACGACACCUUCGGUACGGACGUGGCCAACGAGAAGAUUAUCCAAGCCCUUGGUUUGGAUCGGCGUAACCGCGUCCUGGCCCGCUUGCAUAUUGCUCGUUCUGAUCCAACCUACACAGUGCGUAAUGCCGCCAGUCACGUGUGGAAGAUUGUGGUUGUCAACACCCCCCGAACUCUUCGUGAACUCAUGCCUGUCCUCGUGGAAAUUCUGCUUUCCACACUGGGCUCAACUCUUCGAGAACAUCAGCAGGUGGCUUGCCGCGCUCUAGGUGAUUUGGUGAAGAAAUUGGGUGAGAGAGUGCUCCCCGAAGUUAUUCCACACUUGGAAGAGGGUCUCAAUUCCCCGGAUGAUAAUAGACGUCGUGGUGUCUGCAACGGUCUCAUUGAGAUUAUGAGUAACUGCCAAUCCGAACAAGUAAUAUUCAGUAGUGUAUAUUAUGCAAUUUUAUUACGUAUGGCUAUGGCUUGGGAGUCUGAAGUUCGUACUGCAGGUGCUCGCGCUUUCGAUCUCCUCUAUUCCGGUAUUCAUCUGCGAGCCGUGGACGAGAUCCUCCCUGACCUCUUCCUCAAGCUGGAGGAACCGCAAAGUCGUGAUUACGCUCUUGACGGUAUCCGUCAAAUUCUAGCCCUUCGUGGCCGCGCCGUCAUGCCUUACCUCAUUCCCAGACUCACUCAACCUAAACUUGAUGCCAAAACCUUCGCCUUCUUGGCUCCCAUUGCUGGUGACAGUCUCACUCGCCACCUCAACCGAAUCCUCCCGGCAUUCCUCGAGACCGCAGCUAAGGUGGAUGUGGCGGAUAAGGAGAACAGCGAUUUGAGGGCAUGUAGUGUUAUUCUCGCUUCAAUUAGCGAUGCCUCUGCUGUGCGAAGCAUUCUCCAAGAGCUUAUCAAUGGUCUCUCGUUGAAUGACUCCAACGCUACUCAAAUGGACUUUGUCAGCUUAAAGCCAAACUCUCAAGAGUAUUGCUAUGCCUGUUUGCGUAUUCUCCAUGCAUUGAAAGCAGCUACAGUGGAUUUUGUGAGCAACCAAAUGCGAAUGAGGCGAGAACAUGUUCAAGAGAUGACCACCGGAAAGGAGGUCUUAUUACCAGGAUUCGCCGAGACCAAAAUGCCCCUACCCUCAUUGGUUCGUUUCUAUGCCGAUUGUAUAAUGCAGGGUAAUCCAGAUACUAAGGAACCUGCAGCACAAGGUCUCACUGAAUGCGUUACCCUAUCAAGUGGCGAGGCCAUCAAACCUUGUGUUGUCAAAGUCCUCGGUCCUAUGAUUCGUCUUCUUGGUGAACGGCAACCCACUGUUGUUCGAGCAGCUGUUACAGAAAGCCUGGCCACAUUGGUUGCAAAGUGUCCUGAUUCUACUCGUCCUUUCUCACCACAACUCCUGGCUACAUUCACAAAAGUGCUCGGUGAUCCGAUUAAGGAGAUUCGGCUGGUGGGUGGAAAGGGCUUGGCUAACGUGCUCGCUAACUCGCCCAAAUUGGAUUCUGUCUUGGUGGAUAUUUGUGUGGUGCUUGCUGCUGCCUGCAACGUUACCAUCGAUAAUCCACCCCCAGUUAGAUCGCUAGGAUUGCAGCAGCAGGAUACUGUGCUCCAAUGCUUGAGAAAUUGUCUCUCCAAGUCUCUGGGCAAGCCAAAAUUGGAUACUCUUCGUAUUAUUAUCGAUUAUAUGGUUCCUCUUGGUCGUAAAGUAGACGGCCUGAGUUCGACUAAACUCGACAAUAAUGUUGCCUUGGCUGAUGUGCGAAAGUCCGCAAACGCCUGUCUUGGAGCUGCUAUUGCGUCGGCUUCUGCGAAUGCUGCUAUAACGGAAGAGGAUCUUCUUAAAUUAAUGCCAUGGUGUGAAGCUUCUGAUUCUGGUAAGCUCCGUUUCGAAUGGGUGUUCCACAUGUUACCUGAGUAUCGUAACCAUGUUGUUACGCACUGCUGA